CUAGAAUUUUUUAAGGAAUAUUUACUAAGAUUUUAAACCUUUCUGUAUUAAGCUAAAUCACAGAUAAAGUGAUUGGCAUUUUUGUUUUUUUGUUAAUAAUAAUAUAAGCUGCACUUACUGUAUAUAUUUCAAUUUAUAAAAAUUUUUUUUGUUUAGCUCAACGUCAACGUAAAUUGAUACCAUUGAUGUACAAGCCUUGUCCUAUGCCUACAUUAUUGAAAUAUGUUUCCAAAGUUGAUUUUACUAAGCCUGAUGUUUAUGAUUGGAUUUGGAAGAAACUAUUGAUUUCAAUCAAAGGAACACUUAAUGACAACGUUGCAUUACCAUCUCCUACUUUCUGCCACCCUUUAUAUUUGGCUUCUCAGACAUGCUAUCCAAAUUUCACUCAUCAGAGUCUUCCAAUGUUGACUCUACCUAAUCGAAGUAGAUCGAGAAGUAUAAGUCCACAACCAAGCACUAUGACUUCAUCCUCUCUGGCAGCAUCCACAUCAUCUCUUUCAGUUUCUUCAGCAACUAAUACUGUUUCUAAAAGUGUUUCUCCAGUUCACAGGCGUAGAUGGUUAACAAAAUUUUCUGAAAUAUUUAGUUCGUCAUCAUCUCAUAGUAAUUCUGGAAACACUUCCAGUGGCUUUCAUAGUCAGAGUGAUUCUCAUCUAGUUUCUAAUGAUAUUGUAGAGCAAAUGGUUUAAAAUAAUGUAGAUCAAAUGACUUUUAAUUUCAUUAAUUGCCAAACUUUAUAUAUAAUGCUUAUUAAACAUUGAAUUAAUGUUAAUAAACAUUAUAAAAUCAUAUAUUUCAUAUUAAAGAUUUUUAUAUGAAAACAUUUUUAAUAUUUCUAUUAAUAAUUGUAUAUGUUGGAAUGACAUUCCAUAUAUGAAAAUGUUAUGUAAAGGAUUUAUAAAACUUUUACAUUUCAACUAAACUGUUAAAUUGUUAAUAUAUAGUUUACAUAGUUUAUAAUA